AUCGAUCAGGCACGGCGAGGAAGCAAAAACUGCAAUUUUUAACUCAUUUCUCCGUUCUUUCCAAAAAAAUUUCAUAGCUGAAGCUGACCCACGAGUACGAUAGCUCCAAUCAUUUAUCAUAAUCAUCAUCCUUAUUCCUUCUUUACAGCCUAAAGCUAUCCCGACGCACAUUUCUGUCUUCUCUGACAUCUCCCUGGCUUUUCGUUCUCGUCAUCCAUCUUCCUGAGUUGAUUGAAUCAGCUCAGGAAUUGGAUUUCGUACCUUUUACGGUUGAAUAUGGAGCUAGUUCCUUACUCAGACCCCAGUUCCACCACCCCAGCGUGGCAGGACAUGUUCCGAUCCGCGUCCAUCAGGAAACCAUCUUCAACUCCUCCAUCCCACGCGCCGCAGCAGAAAUCCGACGCGCCACCUCAUGCCGGCGACCCAGAACAGAAACCCACACUCUCGGGUGACCCCCAGGUACGCCUUGCUCUCUAUAUAGCCAUGGCCCACGCUGGUCUUGCCUUCGCCAUUUUUAUACUAUACACUGUGUGUAAGCUCUUGGAAGAAUAUCUUCGACCCCUUCAGUGGGCUGUGCUAUGUUCUAUUCCUCUGAGAGGGAUUCAGAAAACCCUUGUCGCAUUUUGGUCUGAGCCCUUGAGUUUAGGCCUUACAGAGACUGUACUCGCCAUUCCCGUUGCUAUAUUCGGGGUUUUUGUCGGAACCCUUGUUGAAAUUCGCGAAGCACUUUUCAGGUUUCUUCUCAGAAAACCUAAAUCUGAAACUCCAAGAAGGAAGCGAAGUGGGUUUUCCACUAUACUUCGUCUGCUCUUGUCCUUUGGGAUAUUCAUAAUUGCUUAUGAGAUAAUCGGGAGUUUUGGAUCUUUGUCGCUUGUUGGAUUGGCAUUUGUGUUUAGUUCUACUAGUAUCAAUUCGACGAUGUCCACAUUGUCUUCCUUCAGGAGUAAUAGCUUCGGACGCAGUAAGAUUAGUGCCUUUUUCACACGAGGAAUACUGAAAAGAUUGAAAACUAUUGUGGCAAUUGGGUUGAUUAUUGGUAUGAUUAUGGGGUUUUUGGUUGGUGUGAUUUUCUUCUCUUAUAAGAUUGGAGUUGAAGGGAAAGAUGCCGUGAUUUCGCUGAAAUCACAUGUAGAGCAGAGCAAUUAUGCUGAGAAAUUCGGUGUGAAGCAGUGGAUGGAUGAGAAUGAUGUUCCUGGAAUGGUAGACAGGUACACUGCGAAGUUAUAUGAGACAGUGUCUGAUCAGAUAGAUGGCUUGGCAGUACAGUACAAUAUGACUGAAUUUGUGACUGGCAUUAAGCAUUUUGUGAUUAAUGCGCCUGUUAACUCUUCAGGACCUUCAACGGCUUUAAUGGCUCCGUCACGAUACACUGAAAAGCUCAUGAGCCUGAAAAGCCGGAUUAGAAACCGGGAGUGGAGUCAUAUUUAUACAGAAGUGGAUACCAUUUUUAGAGAAUUCAUAAUUACCCGGGAGGAUUUAGUUGUGAAGGCGAAAGGAUAUGCUGUUAAAGGAAUGGAAGUAUUUCAAGGUGUUUUUGCUAGUAGUAGAACUGUGCUUGGCAGUGGUGCAAAAUUCCUGUUCUCCAUUGUGAAUUCUGUAAUUUCUGGAGCUGCUGAGUUUUUCAACUUCGUAUCCCAGUCAGUGGUUUUUUUCUGGGUUUUAUAUUAUCUCAUCACAUCAGAGUCUGGUGGAGUGACAGAGCAAGUGAUUUGUAUGAUUCCAAUUUCUAGCUCAGCUAGGGUCAGAUGUGUUGAAGUUCUGGACAAAGCUAUUUCUGGAGUCCUUCUAGCCACAGCUGAGAUUGCAUUUUUUCAAGGAUGUCUCACUUGGCUCUUAUUUAGGCUAUACAAAAUACAUUUUCUGUACAUGUCAACUGUCCUCGCCUUCAUCAGUCCUCUGCUGCCGAUAUUUCCAUCAUGGCUUGCUACGAUUCCAGCAGCCGCCCAACUAUUGCUGGAAGGAAGAUACAUAGUGGCCGUUGUCUUGGCUGUGACUCACCUUGUCCUAAUGGACUAUGGUGCAUCAGAAAUUCUGGAAGAUGUUCCUGGGAAUAGUGCAUAUCUCACUGGCCUCAGCAUCAUUGGUGGAAUGACCUUAUUCCCGUCCGCUGUGGAGGGUGCUAUAAUGGGGCCACUGAUAACUACAGUGAUGAUUGCUCUAAAGGAUUUAUAUGUGGAGUUUGUUUUGGUGGAACCAAAGGAGAAGACAACGAAGGAGAAAGAGAGCUAAGCAUGGAAUGUAUUCACGGUUCAGUAAUAUUAAGGGGUUGGAGGUUGGUGCCAGUGAGUUAUUUUUCACUUUGGAAUUUGCCUCUAAUCUGGAUUUGUUCAUAGCCUUAUUGUUGUCUGUAUCAGUAGGUUAUUUAUUAUAUUUGCGUUAAAUAGUAAGGGCCCUGUAUCCUUUUCUGUUAAUUACUCUCAUGAUCCAUUUUUGAGGAUUUAAUUUAUUAAAGCGAGUAUAGAUGUAAAUUGAUUCAUGCAUUUCUUGCCUGGAAGGAUGAUUUUGAAUAAUAGUAUUAGAACAUUAGAA